GGCAAUCAUAUCAUAUUGUCAAAUUCAUUGACUGUUGUUGACACUAAUUCGCAUUUUCUUUCUACAAAUUUCUAUUUACAUUGCGUUCAUUACUCGAAAUACUUAGAAUUUAGUUUAAUAUUGUGUUAAGACUGUAAGCGUAAUCGUAUUUCUCGAAGUGUAUUAGUUAGAGAACAACAGUCAUGGCACACUACAAAGGAGCAGCUUCGGAGGCUGGUAGAGCCAUGCAUCUCAUGAAGAAGCGGGAGAAAGCUCAGCAGGAAAUAGAGCUCCGUAAGAAGAAAAUAGAGGAAGAACUUAAAAUAGACAACAUUGAGAACAAAUUUGCAACACAUUAUGAUGCUGUUGAGCAACAGUUGAAGAGCUCUACUAUUGGUUUGGUAACUCUUGAUGAAAUGAAGGCAAAACAAGAGCAUAUUGUGCGAGAAAGAGAGAAAAAAUUAGCUCAAAAGAAAGCUGAGAAGGAGAAAGAAAAACAGAAGGAAAUUGAAGCCAAGUUGGCACAGAAAAACAAACAAAAACGACAGAUCCAAGCCCUGUCCUUUGCCAUGAAUGAUGAAGAAGAGGAAGAAGAUAGUGGUCCUGAAACAAGUGGUAUAAAGAAGGAGACAGAAGAAAAAGGAUGGAGGGAGCAGGAAGAACCAGCUUUGAAGAAAAUUCGCAAGAAUCCAGAUGUGGACACAUCGUUUUUGCCAGACCGGGAGAGGGAGGAAGCAGAUCUCAAGCUUCGAGAGGAGCUGCGGUUGGAGUGGGUCAUGACUCAGGCCAGCCUUAAAGACGAGCCCAUCACUGUUACAUUCAGCUACUGGGACGGUUCAGGGCAUAGACGAAAUGUUACUUUAAAGAAAGGUAACUCAAUAUACCAGUUCCUUCAGCGUUGCCUAGACACAUUAAGGCCGGAGUUCAGCGAGCUAAAGACAGUUUCGGCUGACCAACUUAUGUAUGUGAAGGAGGAUCUCAUUCUGCCCCACCAUUAUACUUUCUACGAUUUCAUCGUCACCAAGGCCAGAGGGAAGAGCGGGCCUCUCUUUCAGUUCGACGCUUCCGAUGACGUCCGAUUGGUAAACGACGCCACGCAAGAGAAGCAAGACUCCCACGCCGGCAAAGUGCUUCUGAGGUCUUGGUAUGAAAGAAACAAGCAUAUAUUUCCGGCAUCUAGAUGGGAGCCAUAUGACCCCACUAAAACAUACUCCAAAUACACUAUAAAAGGAAAGUAGACUAUCCCCACUAUGUGAUUACUUUUAUAAAGCAAUAAUUAUUAAAAGCAACGAUAAAAUAAUUAAAUUAAUAAUAAAUUGAUAAGUAAUAAAACAGAACAUUGGUUUCUAUUGAUAAAAACAAUAAAUCGGCCAAGUGUUAGUCGGGCCCAGCGCAGCGCCUCAAGCGACUCGCUCAGUUUUCUUUGAAGGAAACUCAGUAUACAUUGUAACGCACACUUAUCGGCAUCAGAACAGCAUCGUCUCGCCUCGGCUCAAGCUAAGCGGUGCGUUGACAACUCUCAGUAACCGUAUUCACAUCUGGUUGAUGCCUCGCUUGCAACUUGCAACUCGCCGCCAGCGCGGGACGGCGCGCUUACCGCCUGUGGCUCGGGUGCUGUAAGCGCGAUGUCACCCAGUCCAGUCGUUGCCGCAUUGUUACAUCUCCGAGGUGCUUAGUCGCCUCCACUACGUGCUCACGUACUCGUUUGGUUGACGCCCAUUUGAUGGCGAGCUAGUGAGUCGAGCGGCGCUGGUCUAGUGCCGAGCUUUGAGUCGGUUAUCAGUGGAUGCAAUUCGCACGUCGCUCCGAUGUUUGAGCGAGCAACGCUAUGCGCGUAUUGUAGCGACAUCCCGCUCGCACAUCGGAUUGCCGUGCGAAUCGCAUCGAGUCCGGCAGGUGGGUAAAAUAGAUCACCUAUGAAGGCGGAUUUACACUCUCGUGCGAGUGGUGAGACAAGCCAUGAGCCGAGCCACGAGAGGCAUAUGUAAUCGGUGGGUUAGUGGCUCAUAUAUAAUUAUGUUUUUUUCCCUGUCGCAUCGAUCCUUGUAUUCAACCAUUAUUUCUUCACAUAGUAAAGUUUUCGAGGUAUGGGGACGGAGAUCUUUAAGGUCUUGGACGUCUUUUUCCAGACACAGCACUUUAUCGUCAAUGUUUAUGCAGCGAGUUUCGGAAUUAGUCAACUUAGGUCUAUAAGGAAAAAAUACUAAGUGUAAAAAUGUCG